AUGAGCUCUAUAUUUGCUCUCGCACUCUUUGCGCAGGUCAUUGUGGCCAACCCUGUCUAUCGUCGCCAAGAUAUUACCACCACAGCCACCAACGCUACAGCGACUCCAACAAUCGAUCCCACACUUUCCGAUAAUGUGACAUCCACUGCUACUGAUUCGAUCACACUUACGAGCGAGCCUACGCCUACAACCGACACCUUUACGGUCCCGAUCACAAGCACUAUUAGCACUCCCUCCCCAACUGGAGGGUCGAGGAUGACGGCGACUCCUACUCCAACUUCGGACCCAACUACCAUCGUGGAUCCAUUCCCUACGACUACAGACACUAUUGUGAUCCCAACCCUGACUAGUGAUACGCUUUCUUCAACGGAUACGCUUACUCUGUCUAUCCCAACCGAUACAGAGACUGAUAUUCCUACUGCUACGGAUACCUCAACGUUCCCAGAAGUCACCGACACCGACUUGCCAACUUUCAGUGACACCGAAAUCCCUACAGCCACCGAGACUGCGACCAGUACAGAUGUCUCCACGAGCGUCGAGGCCACCAGUACAGCUCUUCCUACGGCAACGGAAUCAUCGACUCUCCCAGAAAUUACCUCUAUUGCCUCGGAGACAGACAGUGCUACUGAGAUUGUCACUGGUACAGCCACUUCGGAUCCACUCACAACCGAUGUCUUAACGGACAUCAGUACUGCAACUCUCUCCGAGCCAGCCCUAACCACCAGCGCUCCAACCGCGACUAUUACUUCGUCUCGUCCUUCUCGAGUUCAAACUUACACCGUCGUUGGCCCUUCCACCACCGCAGUCAUCACUUGCGUUCGCGUCAAGAGCCCGGGUAGGCCUGGUCGCCCUCCCUACCCUCACCACCCUUUCCCCCAUCACUCACGCCCGAUUGCGUCUGAGAACGCUACGGAUGCUGCACCAGCUAGUACACUAUCUGAAAAUACCGCCAUCCCUACCACGACAUUCGGUGUUGUUGGCUGA